CCACUCCUGGGGUCCGACACAGAGUGAAGCUCCCUCCACACCGACCGGAAAGAUAAUUGAACCGUGCAGUGAAAGGGUUAAGGCUGGAGAUGGGGAGGUGCUCGUUGUCUGUACACACUGGUUUGGCUGCAGGCGGGAGCUGGAGCGAGCACAGUAUCAAAUGUCUCGCCUCGUGAUCCCUCAUGCCGGGAGUCCGGCAGCGACGGUCAGACGGGUGAAGUCCCGAUGCCCCGUGGUGCUGGCCUGAGCACGUCCAUUCGGCCCAUCGAGUCUGCUCCGACAGUCCAUCAUGGCUGAAUCAUUUCCCUCUCAACCUCAUUUUCCAACCUUCUACCCGUAACCUUGUACGCUCUGACUGAUCAAGAGUCCGUCGCUGGGACAAGCUUUCAAUAAGAAAGAUCCCCUCCUGCAACACCAAACCAUGAGCUCCCUGCGCAGUGGGAUCUUCCUGUGCGCCGCCUUGGCGCUGUCGUCGGCCCAGGCGGGGCUGGACUGCACGGGGGUGGAGUGCGCAGAACUGCAGGGCUGCAUUGAGGAGAGGUUGGAGGACGGCGAGUGCUGCGCCCGCUGUCUGCAGAGGGGCUGUGCCUGCCGGGGCCUCGCCUAUUACGAGUGCCUGCGGGCUGGCUUUCAGAGGGGGACUGUCCCCGCCGGCGCGUCCUUCCCCGCUGGCUCCCGCGGCGCUUUCUGCCGCUGCCCGGAGGAAGGGGGCGAACUCGCCUGCGACAGCUCCCUCCCCUGUCUCCCUCUUCCCCAAAACUGCGCUCGGGUCUCCCGACCCCGGGGUGCCUGCCCCAGGUGCGCCCUGCUGGGCUGCCUCAGCGGAGGGCGGCUCCAUCCCGCUGGGCACUCCUUCCACCCUGAGCCCUGCACCCUGUGCCAUUGUCUUGACUCCGGUUCCCUCUCCUGCGCCUCGGACCCCGGCUGCGGGAGCCAACGGGGCGAGGUGCAGGUCCAUGAUGGGCCGGUCCCCAAUGACCAGAGGCAGCCGGCAGCUGAGGAUGAAGAGGCGGCUGGAGCCGCAGAUUCCAAGGUGACGGCCAGAGCAGACGGGGAGGAGGCGAGGCCGGAGGAGAAGCUGGCAGACCCUGCCCAGGUCGCUGUCUCCCGUGAGAGAGCCAGACUCCCGGAGUCCCUCACCUCCUGCUGUGCCGCCGGACGGCGCCGGGCCUCCGCAGACGGGAAGUGCCCCAGGGAGUCGGCCCCCCAGGCGGAUUCGCAGGUCUGCAGGGAGCUGCAGGACCAGUGCUGUCUGUCGGAGCUCGAGGAGACCCGGUGCCGGGCGGGCGUGGAGGCCGCGCAGAGCGGGGACCCGUGUCUCCGGGAUGAGAAAGAAGGCUGCGGGUCAGAUUCAUUUCAGCGCUGCUGCAAGUGCUGCUGGCUCGGCCUGCACUCGGCAUCCCGCGGCCUGCCCUGCGACUGGCCCGCUCGGCUAGGAACUGCCUGUUCCCAGGCCGCCUCCGUCUGCUGCCACCGUCAGGCCGACCCACACCCGUCCGGAAGCCGGGGCUCGGACAAGCCCUCCUCGACCGGGAACCGCCGGGAGGCAAGGCGGCCGCAGGAGGACGUGUCAGUGGAGGCAGGCAGAAGUGGAGGGGAGAGAAGACAGGGGAGCCGGUCACCGGGGGAGGAAGAUGUCUGCGCAGGGCAGAUUCGCUGCUCCCAGACCUGCUCUCCGUUCGGACGUUCGCACGUGUGUACCUGCCUGCCGGGGUAUCAGCUGCUGGCAGACGGAAUGUCCUGUGAAGAUGUGGACGAGUGCGCGUCAGGGUCUCACAACUGCUCCGGACAACAUAGGUGCAUCAAUCUCGAAGGAUCGUUCAGCUGUGUACAGAGCGCGGGGCUGUGCAAGGACGGUUUCUCGAUGAGCCAACAGGGAACCUGUGUCGACACAAAUGAGUGCGCGUCCCUUCACCAGCCGUGCCCGCCGGGUCUCAGCUGCUACAACACCAUCGGCUCCUACUCCUGUCUCUGGACGCCCAUCAGCUGCAGCAUCGGUUACCGGGCCAGUGAGGACAACACUCGCUGUGUGGACGUGGACGAAUGCCGAGAUGACUCCCACCGCUGCCACGCCGAACAGGUUUGCCGGAACAUUCCGGGCAGCUACAGGUGUGACUGCCGGCUGGGGUACCGGCCCGACCCUGUCACCAGACGCUGUGUGGAUAUUAACGAGUGCCGUCGGUACCAGGGCCGGAUCUGUGCCCAGCACUGCCUCAACACCCUGGGCUCCUAUCAGUGUGGCUGCAACGUGGGAUUCCGCUUGGCCGCAGAUGGCCGGACCUGCGAAGAUGUCGACGAAUGCCAGGACAGCCCCUGCAGCCACGACUGCCUCAACGUACUGGGAUCCUUCGAGUGCCGAUGCCAGAGGGGAUUCACCCUCAGCCCCGCCAACAGGACGGCCUGCCUGGACAUUGACGAGUGCUUACUGUCCUCCCCAUCGCUCUGUGCCUAUCAGUGCAUUAAUACACCAGGAUCCUUCACAUGUAGAUGCCCUGACGAGGGCUAUGUACUCUCACCCAACGGAAGGAACUGCAAAGACCUUGACGAAUGUAAACUUGGGACACACAACUGCUCAGCUGACGAGAGCUGCUUCAAUAUUCAGGGCACAUUUAAGUGCCUCUCCUUCGAGUGCCCCGCCAACUACAGGAAAGUGGGACAGACCCGGUGUGAACGCAUAUCGUGCCAGGGUUACGUGGAGUGCCAGAUGGUCCCGCGGACGAUCACCUACUACCAGCUGACCCUUCCCACCAAUGUCCGGGUGCCGGCCAACGUCUUCCGCAUGAGCCCCUCACCGGUGUACACCGGCGACAACAUCCUGCUGUCCAUCACCGGGGGGAACGAGGCCAUGUUCUUCGGCACCCGCCGUCUCAACCCCUACAUGGGCUACGUCUACCUGCGGCUCCCGCCGCGCCAGCCCCGCGACUUCCUGCUGGACGUCGAGAUGACGCUCAUCCGCCAGGGCGCGGCCACCAAGUUCAUCGCCAGAAUUUACAUCUUCAUCAUGGCCCCCCUGCUCUGAGUCCACGUGCUCCUGCUUCCCUCCCCCCUCCCUCACCUUCCCCACUGCUCAUUGUAAUUGUACCACCACCCCCACCACCCACAUGACCCACCCUCAGAAGGCCCUGACAUGGCUGUCAAUCUGCGCAAGAGCCCAUAGUUAUU